CGCCAGCUGAGACCCAUAGCAGUGUGUAUGCUCAGUUCCCAAUGCAGUCCUCAGUUCAGAGUGACUUUGUGCUCGAGUACGAUCCAAGGAUGAGCUCCAGCAUGUCAGAAGACCUGGAAAUCCCAGAGACGGGUAGCCCAGCGUUAGAUUUGAAUGACCUACACCAGUCUGAAGCGUCUGAGAUGUCCAGCGCUGCAGAUGCUGAGUCAAAUGUCGCAUAUGUGUCUGAAUCAGAGUUUGAAACCGAGAGUACUAGCUCCUACGAUGCAUCCGAGAGUACAUCCAAUGUACCAGAGCACAAUCUUAAAGAGUUAAGGCCUAGCGGCCCCUCUUACAGCUCAGAACCCGACGUCUCUGAUGAUGAAAUGGCUGCUCAUGUUCUAGAGCCAGUUGAGAUCGAGUUUGCACACACAGACGAAGUCAUAGACCCCCGAUUAUUGGAGGCAACAGCAUAUUCACUGUGGGAAGUAAACUCUGGUAAAUUACCAAGUUUUCGUAGAUAUCCUAUGGUAUUUGGCGAUGCGAUACAUAGUAAAGAAGAGCGAGGUUGGCGCAUUGAUGCCUGGGAAAUUCAAAGUCGGGAGAGUGCAUUCAAAUAUCUCACAAAGUAUGCCAUAGGAUAUAUGCUUGAUAAGCAGUCUUUUGAUGGACAUGGGGAUUUGAAUCUACAGCAGACUGUUUGCAGCGAUGCGUUGACAGUCAAGUUGCAUUCAGCAACUCCUGAGUCCCUUACCUUCACCUCUCAUCAUCUGCCCUCCUCCCGACUGUAA